AUCCGGGCUCCCUGUAUCCUGAGAAACACGGAAGAGUCUUCCCCAUCCAUAGAGGGAGCUUCCCAUUCCCAGGGCCGCUCUGUGCUUCCCUUCUUCUUGUUUGGGAUAUACGGGCACUACAGCUCUUGUUUGGGAUAUACGGGCACUACAGCUCUUGUUUGGGAUAUACGGGCACUACAGCUCUUGCCAUUUCACCCCUGUGUCAGCCUUUAGACGCGCCGGUUCCGACGACUAUUGUUUAUGUUUCCUGACCGAGAGCCGAAUCUCCUCCGGGCCCGGUUCUGAGACACAUGUACUAAUGGAUUCCAGGCCCGGAUACCAGCGAGGGAGCAGUAACCAUCUCGCCUACGGGGGCUCGGCCUCCAACUCCCCGGCUCUCACUGGUGCCCAAGCGGCCCGCAGGCGGAAGCAGCCGCCCCGACCGGCGGACUUUAAGUUACAGGUUAUUAUCAUCGGGUCCCGGGGCGUCGGCAAGACCAGUCUCAUGGAGAGAUUCACAGACGACACCUUCUGCGAGGCGUGUAAAUCCACAGUGGGUGUUGAUUUUAAAAUCAAAACUGUAGAACUAAGAGGGAAGAAAAUUAGGUUACAGAUUUGGGACACAGCUGGCCAAGAACGAUUUAACAGUAUAACCUCGGCCUACUACAGGAGUGCCAAGGGAAUCAUAUUAGUCUAUGAUAUCACAAAGAAAGAGACAUUUGAAGAUUUACCAAAGUGGAUGAAAAUGAUUGAUAAGUAUGCUUCAGAAGAAGCUGAACUGCUUUUGGUUGGAAAUAAGUUGGACUGUGAAACUGACAGAGAAAUUACAAGGCAACAGGGAGAAAAGUUUGCACAACAGAUAACUGGGAUGCGAUUCUGUGAGGCAAGUGCCAAGGACAAUUUUAAUGUAGAUGAAAUCUUUUUGAAACUAGUUGAUGACAUAUUAAAAAAGAUGCCCCUGGAUCUUGUGCGGAGCGAACUGUCUAACAGCAUCCUGUCUCUUCAACCAGAGCCUGAAGUUCCCCCAGAACUGCCUCCACCCAGGCCUCCUCUGCGUUGCUGUUGAUUCUAUUUCAUGAUUUCUGUGCUCCACACUUAGCAGAACAGUGACCGCCAGUCCCUGUGUCUUGCAAUACAAUCCUUAUGAAGGCCCCACUUUGCACUUCUCUAGCAGAUUGGGUAAAAGCAAAUUUACCCAAUCAGGAGUUGGAAUUGAUUUUGAAGACAUAACUGCUCAUCCUUGCUCACUGGAAGAGUACUUCAGAGUUUGCACAAUACAGUGAAUGUGUGUUGGAAUAAUACAAUUUGCCCAUUAUCUGCAGUGGUUCCUGUAAAGCACAUUAAAGCAGGCUCCACUAGCCGUGUAGUUGAAUAGUCAUUUCUGCUAAGGCCUGCCAUGCUGCCAGGUAUCAAAUUUUGAUAGCCUUUUUCUCUUUAUUGUAUUUAGACUUGUAUAUGGUGCUUUGCUAACUACAGUAUAUUAUCAUGUUGUUCAGAUAUUAAAGGCCUCUGAGGGCAAUGCUUCCAUAAACAGUAUUAUAUUCAGUUUAUUAUAUAAUGCAAAAUACUUUUCUUUUUUUUUUUUUUAAUAGUGUAUAAAAUUACUGGAUCUGCCAUGAAUAUUAAUGUUCCAGUAGUUUAUUUUAUUUUUAAGUAUUAUUUAUUAACGUUGAAUUUGUUUUAAGAGUAUUUGUUAUUUUCACUCCUGGAGAUUUGUUUUGUCUAUCAGAGUUACCUGUUGCACUCACCUAAGGUGUAAGGGUAUAUUGCAAUUGCAAACUAUGUCAAUCAAAGUAGCAUGCAGCUUGUAACCAUACAGUAGUGUAUGGCACAGCCUGCCCUAUGAAAUGUAGCUGAACAUUACAAGAUUAAAGGGACACGACUCCUACAGCACAACCUAUUUGGUUAUUAAGUUUUCUUACAUUCACAGAUAGACAUGGAAACAUUUCUAUACCACUAGCAUUUUGCAGAGAAUUGGUUUUGUUAACAUUUGAGAAGUUCAUGAAAUAGACUUUCCCAUGCAAAUUACUGAACUGUUUCAUGUUUAUAAGCCGUUUUUUUUGUUUGUUUUUAUUCAUAAAGAGGGAAAUAUACUGUAUCCGGUUUGAACAUUGCUUAUGUUUUGUUUAAAUUCCUUUAAAUAGACUGAGAAAUGUGAGAGCUUAGCCUACAGCGUGCAGGUCAGUUAUUCUCAAGUUAUAUAAGUGAGAAAUAGCCUUAGCUGUGCAGUAACCCUGGACAAUAAUAACGUCUUCAGAUGGACUGUUACUUUUAUCUAUAUCAGCUGAGGUAAGCAUCAUAGGAGCUUUUACUUAUAUUUGUAAAUGAAAAAUGUUGAGGAAUGUUGUGUGCACCCAGUAUUUUAGGACUUUAUACGGCACUAACUACUCAAAGGAAACUUUUGGCACCCCCAGUGAUUUCACCUUUCCUAUUACUUUAAGGGUAUUAUGUUGAAAUUGAAUGUAUGCUCUUUUAACAUCAGUUUUGCUUUACUGGAUGCCAGAAGAGCAUACAUCAGGUUUCUCUGCAAUAAUCAGCCUUCCUGGCUUUCAAGUGGUUCAGGCUCACUGCACAAUGAUAUGAAGGAAUGUGACCUAUUAACUUGAUUACAUGUAUAAUAGAUAUAUUUCUCAGAAAUAACUAAAAAAAACCCCAUUGCUGUUCCAAGUGGGUACGACAGAAACAGAUGUAUUGUCUCUCUUUUCACUUACUAAUGUAUGCUUUUAACUAUGCCACAUUUUAUGGCGUGUCCUUUUUGGAUGUUGGGUUUGGAAAAAAGCAGGGAUAGGGAAGCUACACAUGGCACCUACCGUUCUUUAACAAUGGUGGUUUUUGCGAUUUACAUCUUUGAUUUAUCUCUUAUUUUAAAAAGAAAACUGUAUGAUCCAUAAAGGGUAAACCAGUGAUAGAAAUACAUUUGGCUAAGUGUGUCUCUUGUGGAUUUGGAUUCUUAUAGUCUUUCUAACUAAUGAAGUGAAAAUAAACCUUUUUUUUUUAUUUAUGAA